AUAAAGUUUCCGAGUUGCACAUGAACGCAGCAUCAGCCUCCAGGGUCCUGGGUGUGUGCAAGUAGUCACACUGUCCAGCUCUAAGCCUGACAGAGAAGCGCCAGCGUUGCCUCAGCGUGGGUCCAGCAGUGCCUCUCAUCUGUCACCUCGGGUUUUCCUCCUUCUCCCGUGGACGGACUGAAAAUGGGACAUUCUCCGAGUUAGUUUCUGACGCGGACACGAACACACGGUUGCCAAAACUGCCAGGUUGAGCCACGAGUUGCAUCGUUCUUGUCUUCAGUAAGGGACACAGGAGCAAAGCGGAGAUGCAGACUUUCCUGAAGGGCCGGAGGGUCGGAUACUGGCUCAGCGAGAAGAAGAUGAAAAAAUUACAUUUUCAAGACUUUGCUGACUUGUGCAGGAAAAGAGGGAUAGAAGUUGUUCAGUUGGACCUCAGCCAGCCUCUGGAGGACCAGGGUCCGCUGGACGUCAUCAUCCACAAGCUGACCGACCUGAUCCUGGAAGCUGAUCAGAACGAUUCCCAAGCUGUGCUGCAGUUGCAAAGAGUACAGGAUUACAUCGAUGCACACCCUGAGACCAUAGUCCUGGACCCUCUUCCAGCCAUCCGAACACUGCUGGACCGCUGCAAGUCCUACCAGCUCAUCCACAGACUAGAGAAAUGCAUGCAAGAUGAGAGGAUUUGCUCUCCUCCGUUCAUGGUUCUGAACACCGAGUGCAGCCCAGAUGUUUUGGAGCAGAUCAAGCAGCAAGGUCUCACAUUCCCCUUCAUUUGCAAAACGCGGGUGGCUCAUGGCACCAACUCCCAUGAGAUGGCCAUUAUCUUCAAUGAGGAGGACCUGAAGGACGUCAAGCCUCCCUGUGUGAUCCAGAGCUUCAUCAACCACAACGCAGUACUCUACAAGGUGUUUGUGGUGGGCGAGUCCUACACGGUGGUGGAGAGACCCUCGCUAAAGAACUUCCCCUCAGGACCUGCAGGGCUGUCCUCUGAAACGGAUGACUCCAGCAUUUGCAUGUGUUACAGUAGAGGCCCUCAUGCAAACCAUUUCCAUCAUCUGUGCAGUAGGCUGCUGCGUGAGCCUGUGCACAGAGAACAGUUGCUUUCAGACUGGGGUGCUGAGGGCUUUAAGCAUUUUGUGCCUAGAAAGCAGUUGGAAACGAUGCAUCAAAGAGACACAGACAGGAAAGCCAUUUUCUUCAACAGCCACAAUGUCUCCAAACCGGAGUCGUCCUCCGAUUUGACUUCAAGAGAGAAUGUGGAGGGAGUGUCUGAACCACCCAAUGAUGAUGUCAUCAGAGAGCUGUCCAGGUUGCUGAGGGAGGCGCUGGGCGUGUCGCUGUUCGGCAUCGACGUAAUCAUCAACAACCAGACGGGACAGCACGCCGUCAUCGACAUCAAUGCAUUUCCAGGUUAUGAGGGUGUCCCGGAGUUUUUCAACGACCUGCUGAACCACAUAACCAGCGUACUCCAGAGCCAGAACCCUGACUUUGCUCCCUCCGGCGAGCAGCCCAAGGCCCUGCCGGUGAGCGCUGCGGUACCCAGCGCCGCCCCGCUGUCCCCAGCCUGCUGCGGCAGCAUGAGGGGGAAAGAGCUGCAGAGACUGGGCUGCAACUCGGCCGUGUCUCCCAACUUUCAGCAGCACUGUGUGUCUACGAUAGCUACCAAGGCAUCCUCCCAGUGACUCGACCCCUCCCGUUUGAUUCCUGAACAAAAUUCCAGUGGUGACAGUAAUAAUAAUGAUAAUAAUAAAUAAUGAUAGUAAUUAAGUUAAUAUUGUAUCCCAUCAAAUAUAAGCCUUUUCCUAUAGUUAAUGAAAAUAUUUGGUGAUUGGAUGUAAGUUUUUUUUUCUCCUCUCUGCCUUUUGGGUUUUUUUUUUUUUUUGGUCCAAUGAGACGUUAACAGUACUGUAAUGUGAACUUUUGGGAACUCUCGACUAACAGCUGAUUUAUUUUUUUUCUGUGUGUGAGAUCUGUAGUUAAAGGGUCCAAAUGAGGUAGCUAAUGGGAAGGACUCGAGAACACCCCGCUAAAUGUGCAAUGUAUGACUGACACACACACACACACAAAGACGCAGGCACGUUUACGCCGAGACAAAUCACGCCACUGACACGUGUUCUGGUUGAAGCCGCUGAAGAUUCUGGGAGUUUUGGGUGAGGAGACAACCGGGCAUUUGAGUUUUAUUCCACAGAUCUCAGGCUGCAAACGAGAGCAGAGGACUAUGCGGUCGGAUCAUUCUGAACAAACUUGUUUGUUUUUCUGAGUGCCAUCAAUUUUACUUUGUACCGGGGACAGCAAAAGGACAUCUUCAUGAUCAUGUGACCAAGUUUUGUUUCAUUGAUUUGUCGCUUUCACACCUAAAGGUUCUGAUUUUUCUGUACGUCCUCCCAACAGACAUGUUUUAGUUUCAUUGAUGGCUAGGAUUGCAUUCCUUUUUUUUUUUUUUGCAGAAAAAUUCCAUUCUUCCAUAUUCCAGUGAGGUCUUGUGAAUUUCCUCACAUCCCAGUCUCCAUAAACACUCGUUUCUCUUUAUUCCAUUUAUAACAGGAAUAAGCUUCAAAUGGUAAACUUGGAGCUGCUGCAUAAAUUGACCCUGGGGGUGGGGGGGUAGGUAGGAUUAGGUUUAGGGGUUAGCCCGUUACUGCCGAUGUUUUUCUCUCAUAAUAGAUAGCCAAGUCAUAGUUAUGAGAUGCUAUCCCAUAAUUAUAACUUGGUAUCUUAUGAGAAUAUAUCAUAUUUAUACGAUAUUUUUUAUUAGUGGCAGGAAUGGGCUCCCACACAAUUGAGAUCUUUAUUUUAAUGGAUGUUUUUUCCCCUGGAUAAAGAUUAAAUAAGUAUAAAUGUGUGCAAAACUACCAAUAAAAGCUGGAUAAUAAAUGCUUAUUCAUUGUUCAGCUGUAUUGUAACGCAGUGUUUUCCUGCAAAUUUAGCAUCCAGUAACCAGCCCGACAGCUCUGAACUCAGAUCUCGGACCAGUUUUCUUUCAGCUGCUGAAUUUGUCACUUUUUGUUUCGUUUUGUAAAAAGCGGUGGGAGGUCUAGCUCUUGUUCCCAGUGUUCACUGUGAGAUCCUUUUACUCCAGUCAAGACUUUUUGUCUUGACAUAUUCUAAGAAUAACUAUUUUAUUGAGAUUUUAUGAAGGGAAAAAAGGUUUUAUAUGAAUGAAAGAUUUUGAGCAUCUGUGGUCGGAUCUAAUCGUCUACUUCCUGAUCUCUCAAACUGAGGAAAAAAAAUUCUAUUGUGCAACGGGUUUAAGGGAAUUUGGAGUGUUUCCUCACUUGUUCAUUCUUGAAAGGCUGAUUAUUUUUGCACACCACUCUGUGUUCCCUACUGAUCUAAAUGGUAAAUAAUUAUUCCAAACAUAUUCCUGCACCGAACGGUGUCAUGCUCCCAGCUCCUUGUUUACUUCUUGGGUGUCUUGUACAAUGUUUAUACGCACCUAGGCUUACAUCCGUACAGUAUGUUUUGUAUAAGUUCUGUAAUUAAGAAUACACAAUUUUGACCUUUUUUAAAUUAAAGGGCCAAUUCAACCGGCGGAAUAAACAUGACACCUCUGGUA